GUGCAACACACAAAUCAUCGCAAGAGUGACGUAUGAACGGCCGAAGAAACGAAAACGAAAGAAAAGCCUUUCUGUGCCGUUGUUAUCUUCUAAUAAUUCUGAAGAAUGGAGACAAACGGCCAGGCUAAUGGGCUUAAAUCUAAAAAGAAAGAUAAUGGCGACGCGAAGGACAAUUUUUGGUCUUCGGUCUUGGAGGAAGUCCAGAAUCAAGGGAACACAAAACUACCUUCAAACAAAAAUGUGUUAGUUUUGGGUGAUAAUGAGACUGGCAAAACCACUUUGGUAGCAAAAUUACAAGGAGUAGAGGACCCUAAGAAAGGGUCGGCUUUGGAGUACGCAUACAUAGAUGUUAGAGAUGAAUACCGGGAUGAUCACACACGUCUCAGUGUAUGGGUGCUGGACGGUGAUCCAGGACACACGAACCUGCUCAAAUUCGCCCUUAACGAGGAUACAUUCCCACACACACUGGCGCUUCUCACGGUUGCCAUGACGACGCCGUGGGGCGUGCUGGACCAGCUGCAGAGCUGGGCAUCAGUGCUCGGCGACCACAUAGAUAAAUUGGAUCUCACACCUGGUUCGUAA